GAACCUGGAAAACACGGUGUGAAAUGUGACUUGGAUUGCUCGUCAACAUGUAAAAACCUCCUCUGUGAGAAAGACACAGGGUUUUGUUCAGAGUGUACAGACGGAAUGCAUGGAUACCAGUGCAACAAGGCGUGUCCUGAUGGAUGUGGCUCAAACAAAUGUAGACGCCAUGACGGGGCUUGUGAAGGCAGGACUCAUGAAGAAACAGACGAAAACAAUAACAUUACAGCUAUAGCUGCCCUUACAACCGUUGCCACAGUCUGUCUGGUGGCAGCCGUCAUCUCCGUCGUCUGUAUGUUACGGAUGAGAACCGCAACAAGAAAGGACCGAGGUAAAGAAGAAAACCAGUACACGGACAUUGAUAUGACCCGAAGACAAAUUCCAAAUACCUACGAAAUGUCAUAAAUUGAUACCAUCAACUGAGAUAGGCGGUCUUUUUAAGAUACUCACCAGCUAUACCAACAGAUAAAUUUCCAAUUUGAAAAGCAUUAAUUAGAUAAUAUUCCACAGCUUGUGCUUUGGUGAUACAGUAAACUCCGCUGACUCAAUCUCCAAGGACCCAUGUAAAAUAUUCGAGGAAUACAAGGUAUUCGAGUUAUGAGAGGUUACUUUUAGAUCGUAAGGUACUGGUAGUAUAUUUACAACAAACGUAAUCUUAACGUAAUAUUACGCUGUUUGCCUAUUACAAAAUACAGUGUACCCAGUUGUAUAAUGGUAAUCAUUGUAGAUAAUCGUGAUUCAUAUUGAUUUACAUACUUUAAUAUGGAAAAGGAAGUCAUUGUGUAUAUUGCUGCUAUAUACUGUCAAGUGUGCGGCUAGGACGGGGUCAUUGGCAUAUAAUCCCCAAAGCUUACAUUUAUACAUACUCUCGUGAGAGCCAGACAAACUUUUUAUUGUGAAUAUGUUUACAAACAUGAUGUUAGUUAUCUGUAUUUUAUUCUGAAUAACAAUAACAAAAUCAUAUGCGUGUUGGUAACAAUGCAUCCGUACGCAAUGUUGAAUUAGGUAUGGCAAUGAAAAAAGAAUUUUCAGAUUCAUGCAAAGUGGUGUAGUAUUACCGAGGCGCGGUGAAUAUGUAAAGCGUCUAACACACAUAGAGGAACCCCCUUGAUAGCUUCUGUUACAAAAUGAGGACGGACAGGGAAAAUGGCUUCUUGGAAGUUUUGUUUUCGUUGUGUUUUUGGUAAUGUCUACUUUUUGCACAAUUAUUACGUUGCGAAGAUACGUUUAUUUUCCUAAAAGAUAUAUUAUAGCGAAUAAGUAUGUAAAUGUGGCAGAUAACCUUAAACAAUUACUGUUCGUACCUGUUUGAUAUGCAUGGUAGUCGCGAUGUCAUUAGACACCAUUUGUCCAUCUAGAGAGCUCUCCAGCGUGAAGUCAAGUCACAAUGACAGAUGGAUAGGCCACCUUUAUGACGGUCCCUGGUCACUGAUAUUGUUGUUGUAUUUCACUGUUUAGGUUGUGUCCCAGAUUACAUGACUAUGGUUUCUGUUUCGUUAUGCCUACAUUACGCGCUAACG